AGAAAAACAACCCAAAAAAAGAACCUAAUUUCAUAACUUCUUCUCGCCGCCCCCUUUCUGUCUUUCUCGCCAGCGGCUACUCUGCAAACCCACAAGCAGGGCCGCUGACCAUAGACUCCGUCCACCUGUCUUUGUGUAUCACACCUGCGCCCUCUUGCUCAACCAUCGACGGCGGUGGUUUGUUGUCGACAAAACCCACAGAUAUAGCUUGCGAAGCAGACCUGCUUCAGACGCUCUUGCCCAGACCUUCGCGAUAACGUUUCUCUCCGUUUUCUACAAGUUUCAGCGCUGAUCCACACCUCGAUUGGUCCCAAAUCAGUUUACCCUUAACGUUUAAGGUUCAAACCUGCAUGUUCGAUCGUUUUUUAACACCAACCAGCAAAAAUCGGAUUUUUUUCAGCAUAUUUCGUUACUGAAGUUAGAAGGUCAAAGCAAUGGUGAGGUUUAAAAACCGAUACAUGGUGUUUGAAGUUCUCUUGGAUCCCAAUAAAGACCUUAAAACAGAUGAUCCUAUUAUCAUUACCCAAUAUAAUGUUUCGAAAGCAAUCAAGGAUAGUAUUCUUCUCAACUUCGGGGAAUGUGGUUUUGCUUCUGCUCUUGGAUCUUUUCAAGUUAAGUAUGUAAAUCCAAUCACGAAGGUAUGUAUUAUUAGAGCCUCCAGAGAGGACUACCAGAAUGUCUGGGCUGCAAUUACUAUGGUGAGGAGUAUCAGCAAUUGCCCCGUUGUAUUCAAUCUACUGGACCUAAGUGGAAAUACAAGGGCUUGCAAGAACACCGCCUUGAGGCUCGAAGGAUUGAAGUUUGAGCAAUACAAACUUAUGGUUGGACAUUAUCUUCCAGAUAAUGUAAAUCUGCAAAUGCAGAACUGUCUCGAGAAGAUUGCAACUUUAGAAAACUGAUUGUAUUGUUGCCAUUUAUAUGAAAUCCAUUUCCAGAUAAUUUUGAUUAGAUAGUUUACUUGAAUCCCACACAUCUUUAUUCCCCUUGCAUUCCCUGCCCCUUUGUAUUUAUUUCAUUUGAUUUUAUUGCAGUUUUUGACCGUUGUACGAGAGAAGUAGCUGAAUGGGAGAGUUACAUGAUUGGUAGCUCAAUGAGAGAAGUAGCUCAAAGCAAAAAUAUUGAGUUGAGAGAACAGGAAAAAUAGACUAACGUAAUUUCUUUCUUACCUUACCAAAGAGAUAUUUAUUAUACAUGGAUGGGAUAUGUUUUUCCUA